CAAUCCUUGAGGCCGGAGCCCAGGCCGGGAGCGAUGGAGCGUUGAGCCGUUAACGUCUGUGCGACUGUCUGUGUUUUUUGUCUGGCGCUGCUGGAGCCCAUCCUGAUUCCCGAAGAAGCUGUGCUUCGUAAUGAGCAUGACCGAGUUCUGGCUCAUCUCCGCUCCUGGGGAGAAAACCUGUCAGCAGACAUGGGAGAAGCUGCAUGCAGCCACCACCAGGAACAACAAUCUCACCGCCACUUCCAAGUUCAACAUCCCUGACUUAAAGGUUGGCACGCUGGAUGUCUUGGUUGGCUUGUCAGAUGAGCUGGCUAAACUGGACGCGUUUGUGGAAGGGGUGGUUAAGAAGGUGGCUCAAUACAUGGCUGAUGUCUUGGAGGACAGCAGAGAUAAAGCGCAGGAGAAUCUGCUGGCCAGUGGAGUUGACUUGGUUACUUACAUAACGAGGUUCCAGUGGGAUAUGGCCAAGUAUCCAAUCAAGCAGUCCCUGAAAAAUAUUUCUGAAAUAAUUGCCAAGGGAGUCACACAGAUUGAUAAUGACUUGAAAUCCCGCGCGUGUGCAUACAACAACCUGAAGGGGAAUCUUCAGAACCUGGAGCGAAAGAACGCAGGAAGUUUGCUGACUCGAAGUCUGGCGGAGAUUGUGAAGAAGGAUGACUUCGUUCUGGACUCCGAAUACCUUGUCACCUUGCUGGUGGUUGUUCCUAAGUUGAAUCACAAUGACUGGAUCAAGCAGUACGAGACGCUAGCCGAGAUGGUGGUCCCCAGAUCCAGCAACGUUCUCUCAGAGGACCAGGAUAGCUACCUCUGCAACGUUACCCUGUUCGGGAAGGCUGUUGACGACUUCCGGCACAAGGCGCGGGAGAACAAAUUCAUCGUUCGAGACUUCCAGUACAACGAGGAAGAGAUGAAGGCGGACAAGGAGGAGACGACGCGGCUCUCCACUGACAAGCAGCAGCAGUUCGGACCUCUUGUGCGUUGGCUGAAAGUGAAUUUCAGUGAAGCAUUUAUUGCGUGGAUUCAUGUGAAAGCGCUAAGAGUCUUUGUGGAGUCCGUUCUCAGGUAUGGCUUGCCUGUGAACUUCCAGGCGAUGCUGCUGCAGCCCAACAGGAAAACCAUGAAGCGCCUGCGGGAGGUGCUGCGUGAGCUGCACAAGCACCUGGACAGCAGCGCGGCUGCCAUCAUUGACGCCCCGGUGGACAUUCCCGGCCUCAACCUGAGCCAGCAGGAGUACUACCCCUACGUGUACUACAAGAUCGACUGCAACCUGCUGGAGUUCAAGUAGCGCCUGCUCCCGGCUGGCCCGGCGUGUGUCGGUGUGUGCUAGGCUCCAACCGUGUACUUUUAACUCUUGCUUGCUCCUCCCCUUCCGUGGGUGAGUUCUUCUGUAGUGCUCCGUGUCCCAGCAUUUUCUUUUUAAGGGGGAAAAAAUACAUAUAUA